AUUUACAGUGUUGCUGUCAUUCCUCUUUCUGAAAAUGGAGAACCAUGUGGGUGACAGUGCUGCGCUCAGUAAUAUGCGCUGUAAAAUAAAUAUAAAACAAAGAUCCAAAGAACACGAACGUGGUGACAAAAAUCAAGAAAUCAAGAUUUGCUGUCAAACUAAAGUUUAGUUUCUAUUCCAGCCUGUGCUUUGUUGAUGGCAUUUCUUUGUAGGGUCGAAAUAAAGCUUCAUACAGACAAUUACAGGCAUACUGCACAAAAUUAAUCAAGCAAAUGUUUUACCUCUAUAUUUACUUAUACUACGUAUAAACAUGUCAAAUAUACCUUUGGUUAUUUUUAGGUGUUUUUUCUAUUUUAUUAUCCACAAACGCCAUUAUGGAGCACAGAACUAUCUAGUAGCUCUGCAGAUGCACUCAAGCUCGAACUUAUCGCACUGAUAUUCAUUUCCUGACAAAGGAAAUUGUAAAAUCAGGAAGUACAGCUCACUGCGACUUUCCUGUUACAUUAAAAUUUUCAAAAGAGAACAAUCCUCGCUGACAAAAACAUGAACAUAUGAUCAGCCACCAUGGAAAUUGAUACCGCUUUCCUGAAGUCCAUCAGAGGUAUCCUAAAAAUAGGCGAGAUGGCGACUGUUUUCGUAGCGUUUGUGUGCUUCACGGCUGCUGCCGACCCACCCUACAUAGCAGCCACAUGUAUGGAGUUCUCCAUCACCCUGGGCCUCCUCCUGCUCUAUGUGCUGAAGAUCAACAAGAUGAUCACUUUUUUCUUCUGGCCCCUAGUAGAUGUUUUCAACUCCGUUGUUGCUGCCAUUUUCAUGUUCGUCCUGAGCCUGAUAGCCGUCAGCACGUACUCGGCCAAAGGAACUCUGGGAGGAGGGAUUGUGGGCCUCAUGGCAGUCGGCCUUUGGGGGGCGGAUGCUUUCCUGCUCUUCAGGAAGAUCACAUUCAACCAGCCAAGGACCAUGUCGACCGUGCCGAAGUGAACGGAUGGGCCGA